UUUACAUAUAUUCCUUUCCAAUAACAUAUAUAGAUACUAUAUAUUUAGAGAGAGUUGAAAGAAGGAAAAAAUGGUGAAGACGCCAAGUUUUGACAAAAAUGGCGUGAAGAAAGGUGCGUGGAGUGAAGAUGAAGACCACAAGCUAAGAGCCUACAUCCAAAGAUAUGGCCAUUGGAACUGGCGUUUACUUCCCAAGUUUGCCGGUUUGUCGAGAAGUGGCAAGAGUUGUAGGCUACGAUGGGUGAAUUAUCUUCGUCCGAACAUAAAACAUGGGAAUUUUACAAAAGAAGAAGAAGAUAUCAUUCUCGAGUUACAUAAAAAGCUUGGUAACAAAUGGUCAGAAAUGUCUGCUUAUUUGCCGGGGAGAAGUGACAAUGAAAUUAAAAAUCGUUGGCACACACAUUUAAAAAAACGAGCUCAAAAAGAAAACACCACCACCGAGGCGUUCGAAAAUGAACAUAUUGGAACCCAUGAACCUGAUGAUCAUCAUCAAGCUGCUAAUAACAUUAUUAUUAAUAAUAAAGAAAAUGUGGUCCAAAACCCAGAUGAUUUAGAGCUCCAGAAAGACUUCGAAAUGUUACUUGCAGAGUCACCAUUGUACUCAUCCACUUCAAGCUCAAACUUAUCGUCAUCGUGUAACUAUUGGUUCAAUAAUGGCUUUGAUCCCGCCGCAGCAGGAUCAAGUAGUGAUGAUCACACACCACAAUUGGCUGAUUGCGCCCCAAUCGAUAACUUUUGGAAUGAGCCCUUCUUAUCAGACAGUGAUAGCAUCUUGUCAAGUGAUCAUAACUUGUUUUUACCUUCCGAUUUAGCCGCCUACCAAGCUGCUUAUCAAGAUAUGACGACCAUGGCCGAUGAGUUUUUGGGGUCUUCCUUGGAUUCAUAUCUUCAUGACUUCAAUGACCAGUUCAUUAAUUAAUACGAGUAUUAAAUAUCUAGACUAAUUAAUUUGUGAGCUUUCUUAUUAAUUAAUUGCUCAUCUAUCGAUCGAUCACUCAUGUUAUAAUAAAAUGUACGUUGUGAUAGAGUAUGUACGUAGCUAGCUAGUUGCCAGAUGAGGGUGUAACUUAUGAGAUCCACUCCGAAAUGUAUUUGUUACAACUACUCAUUAAAUCUCUUCCA